CCAGACUGGUCGGAGCGCCGCUGGUGUUGGCUGCAGUAAUGACUGCAGUCAACCUUUUGAUCAAGCGUGAACUGCUUUGGUUUGCUUUGUGGCCAAACACACACAGGCCAUUUCUUGCUGGUUAACAGUCUGGUGUGCAGAAUGCCUUGUCCUCAGCAGGAGGUCUGAAGAGAGAACCUUGAAAGUUCCUCAAACUUAAAAUGGAAAGAGUGAAUAUGUGAGAUUGUCUGGCCAUGGGAAUGAUAAGAUGCCAGCUUCAAGCAUGCCAGUGCUGGGAUCAAGAUCAAUGGAUCUCUUCUAUUCCAGGAGACAUGGUGAUCUCGUUGUUCAUGAAUAGAUUGAAGAAAACAUGGCCAAUCGAGAUUACAUUAGCAGACCUAUUUGCAAUGGAAUUUCUGUUCCUGAAAAUAAAAUUAAUUCCUUAGUGGCUGAAGGACAUGGACAACAAAUUCUAAAAGUACUACAGAAGUUCAGAGAACAAAAUAUAUUUUUUGACUUUAAAAUUAUUGUGAAAGAUGAAGUCAUUCCUUGUCAUCGUUGUGUACUGGCAGCUUGCAGUGAUUUUUUCAGAGCCAUGUUUGAAGUUAAUAUGAAAGAACGAGAUGAUGGCAAUGUUACUAUUAGUAAUCUAUCACCCAAGGCAGUGAAAGCUUUUCUUGAUUAUGCUUACACGGGAAAGACAGAGAUAACAAAUGAUAACGUGGAAAUGCUCUUCCAGCUGUCAUCAUUUCUUCAGGUUUCACUCCUUUCCAAAGCUUGCAGUGACUUUCUAAUAAAAAGUAUCGAUCUUGUCAAUUGCUUACAGUUGCUUUCUCUGUCAGAAAGUUAUGGUUCUGUCCGCUUAUUUGAUCAUGCACUAGAUUUUGUACAGCACCACUUUUCCCUGCUACUAAGAUCAAGUGACUUUUUGGAGAUGAAUUUUGAGAUAUUGCAAAAAUGUCUUGAAGCUGAUGAACUAAAUGUCCCCGAGGAAGAAUCAGUGUUGAAUGCUGUUCUUCAAUGGACCAAACAUAACAUAGAAACACGACAGAAAUAUCUGCCUAAUUUGAUCAAAAAAGUGAGGCUACACCAGUUACCUGAAAAGACUUUGCAAGACUUUCUGCACUCUGAAGAAUAUUUACUUAAAAGUGCUAAUUGUUCAGUAAUAAUCAAUGAUGCAGUCAAAAGUGUGCAAGACUUCAGCGGACUAUUUCCAGAUGCACGUCCUUCAACAACAGAAAAAUACAUAUUUGUUCAUAAAACUGAUGAAGACGGAGAAAGCAGGCAUACAUUUUGCUACAACAUCAAAACAGAUAAAUGGAAAGAACUACCACAUACACACAUGAUUGAUCUUCCAGGGUCAAGCUUAUCAAGCUACGGAGAGAAAAUAUUUAUAACUGGAGGAUGCAACGGGAAUUGUUACAGGACAGUCAGGCUUCAUAUUGCUGAACCGUUUCAUGAUGCCACUGACCAAACCUGGUGCUACUGUCCAGUCCGCAAUGAAUUCUCCAUAGUGUCAGCUAUGAGAAAACCAAGGACAAUGCACACAUCUGUUGUCACUUUAAACCAGUUGUUUGUAAUAGGUGGAAAGACCAGAGGAGCUCAAGAAACCCGAAGUCUUUUAGAUGUAGAAUCAUAUAAUCCUCUCUCCAAAGACUGGAAAUCUGUAAGCCAAUUACCAAGAGGUAUCUACUAUCCAGAAGCAAGUGCAUGUCAGAAUAUAAUUUACGUCCUUGGCUCAGAAGUGGAGAUCACUGAUGCCUUUAAUCCGUCUCUUGACUGUUUCUUUAAGUAUAACGCUAUGACUGAUCAGUGGUCGGAGCUUGUAGCAGAAUUUGGGCAGUUUUUCCAUGCAACUCUAAUCAAAGCUGUUCCAGUGAACUGCACGUUGUACAUAUGUGAUCUCUCCACCUACAAAGUCUACAGCUUUUGCCCAGAAACCUGUGUUUGGAAAGGGGAAGGAUCUUUUGAAUGUGCUGGCUUUAAUGCAGGGGCAGUUGGGACAGAAGACAAAAUUUAUAUCUUAGGUGGUGAUUAUGCUCCAGAAGAAAUCACAGACGAAGUUCAAGUCUACCACAGUAACAGGUCUGAGUGGGAAGAAGUUUCCCCAAUGCCAAGAGCCUUAACUGAAUUUUAUUGUCAGGUCAUUCAGUUUAAUAAAUAUAGGGACCCGUGGUCAUCUGUAAUGACAAUUUGCUCUGGAGAAUUUUGAAAUUCCUGAGUCAAAAUGAUCUAUUUAAAUGCACAAAUUUUAGAACAGAUUUUUUUCAGUAUUAGUUUGCAGAAAAAUAUGUAUUAUUUUUGUUUUAAAUCUUCAGUUUAAAUUGUCUGCUAUAAAAAUGUUUCUGAAAGGGUCUAUAAAAUUCCCAUCCAUCCUAACCAUUAUAUAUCAAGAAUUACUUAGUUUUGUAUACAAGUCUUCUCUAUAAUUAUCUGAAUAAUUUGAAAAUACUACUUUUCAGAAAAAAAGUUAUGAGGAAUUUAUUUUGUAGUAUGUGCCAUUAUUUCUGUAAUAAUCAGUUGCCCCAGGUGAUAAAUUGCUGAGUGAGGAAACUGAUAGUGAUACUGUUUUCCCUAUGUAACUGAAGUUUAAAGAAAUCUGCAUUCAUGCCGGCUUUUUUUGUUUUUUUUUUUUUCUUUCUUUUUUUUUAUAUUCACAAACCUGUUAGAGAACCUCAUUGUCAGUUUUAUCGUAUUAGAAUGACCUGAGCAAGGGAAAAAGCCAAAGUGACCUUUGCAGCAUCUUCACAGCAGUAAAACCAGGUGUCUAACUUGAAGAGACUGAAAAUUCUCAUCAUCUUACAUCAGCUCUUCAGUUGGACCAGUUUUUUUCCAUCCUUGUGCCUUAGUAGUAGCUGUACUUUCUGUUUUCAUCCCGUUGCUGUGGCAAGACAAACUUUGAUAACAAUUUGCAGGGUGAGCAAGAUUUCUACAGGGUGGAUGAUUCAGGUGGGAACUUUGCUGCACAGAUGGUCACCUCAAUCACUGCAAGAAAAAACACUUCAGGAUGUUUUCUAACAGAAGUCUUCCAUCUCUGAAGUCUGCAUCGGUUUCUGCUGAGCAGCCAAUAGGCUGCUUACAGCAGAAAGUUGCAAAAUUAAGUUUUAGUUGUUGCUUCAGUUAACUACCGGGAAAGUUCGUAUCUUGUAAUACACAGAAUACAAAGUUAGAAAAAAACACAAACCCAUACUUAAAGUAGGUAGCAUUUCUGAGGGAAAUAAAUCAUUUUUUAAAAACUUCUGUAGUAUUUUAAAUGAAUUAAAACACUUUCAUCUUCAUGGCAAUUAUAAGUGAUAAACUAUUACAAGGUAAACACUAUGCAAUAUAUUGCUAGAGAAACUAUAGUAAUCUAUUAUGUUGAAAUUGUAAUGGAUUUUCAGUAUUAAUACUACCGUGAAGUAAAUUUGAUCUGAUGCAUACAAAGUGUCUGUCCAACAGGACACUGGAAUUAUCUAGGUUUCAUAAACUCAUUUGUAAUCUUCCACAGCCAGAGAAUUCUCUUUCUUUACAAAUAUUUAAAUAAGAUUUUAGUAGCCCUUAUGUACUAAUCAGGCCACUAAGUUGUGUUAUGCCAGACAGAAGGGUUCUAUACAUCUAAGCAUGUAUUCUCCAAGCAGCUUAAAAAUGAACAAAAUUUAGUGAGUUACCUAAUGAUCUUUUACACGGCUUCAGACAACCACUGUAAGUUUGCUACCACAUCUCUGCUGCAUGUACUUUUGGCAAAAGUAAAACUCAAUAUUAAUGCUUAAGACUUAAUAUUGCCUAGCAACGCAUUUCUCUUUCAAACAGUAAACAGCAGAAAUCUACAAUUUUGUCAUUUGUAUAAUUUAUCAGAUAUCUUUCAAAAGUUAGAUAAUAUUAUAAAUAUUUUCAUAAGGAUGUAAGUGAAAAUUAUGCACAUUUGGAUAACAUAUUAAUAAUGGAACUUUCCCCCUCAGUAAUUUGUAUUAAGAUAUGUGUCAGUUCUGUAGAAGUAAAUAGUUUCUUGUAGUAGUAUUUCAGGUAAUUUCCACAUUUAUUUUGAUCUUUCAUAGUGAAUCUCCAUAUUAUAAGUACAGUAAAACUGGUAACCUUUACAAUCGUUUUUAUAUCAGAGCAUGCCUACUGCUUGUUAGUAAAAAUGAUACGCAUUGAAUAGUUUAGGAGAGAUGGAGAAUACUAUUCCAGCUUAUUAAAUUAUGAAGGGGGAAAAAAAAUAUGAAUACAAGAGAAUAGGAAUUUUAGCAUUAGUAGGCUAGUCAAGGUAGCAUAGACUUCAUUUAAUUAUCACAACCUGUCAUUUUACAUCAGAAGUACAAGGCUGCACAGAAUUGCCAGGUGAUAACCUGAACCAGUGGUUGAGCAUCAGGUGAGAAGACAUGGCUAACCUGGGGAGCUUGGGUGCAAGCAGUGCACCUGAGUGGGUGAAAGGGUGGAGUCUGGACCAUCCCUCCUCACCCUUAUUUAUGGGUAGCAGCUGAGGGAGCAGAAUCUCCUUGGAUAGAAGUUGCACUCUUCUUGAACUAUCACUGGUUAUUGGAAGGAGUGAGCAGUUUUUCUUCUUUGUUAUCUUCUGUUCCUCCGUAGCGCUUGUGUCCAAGUAGGAGGUGCUGUCGUUGUCUUCUUUUGCUGCACAGAGGCCCAAUUCUUGUUAGCUUGUAGUUUUGUGCUCUUUCUAUACCCAAGUAAUGACCAUGUAAUUUAUGCAAUGACAACAUUAUGCCCAUUUCAUGUGGGUAUAAACAGCUAUGCAAGUUGGAAGAGAUUAGAGAACUUAAAGUUACUUUCUGUUGCUUCUGUUGUGAGCAAAUUGCUGGGCUGCAUAAACAGCACUGAGUCAGUCAUAAGUUCAGGUGAUGUUCUUUCUUCCAAGUAUUUUCUUACAGUUUCUUUUAUUUGAUAUACUUGCUGUAUGCAUAUACCUCUGCCACAUGACACCCAACAGAGCGUACGUGAUAAAUUACUUGUUAUUCUCACACACACAUACAUAAACCUAAACAUAACUUUAUUGGGAAAAAAGACAUUCUUCUUUAAUAUUCUACGCUACAUUUGCACAGGAACUAAAAUCAGUUCCCAGUCCAACCAAUCAUUCGUGAAUUUCAAAUGGUGUUUCACUCUCUUAAUUGGUGACAAGGAAAUUAAUUAGUAGCAUCCGAUCCUUUUUACUAUUUAUUACAAAAAGUUACUGUGAAAUGGAAUGAAUUUUCUUCUGUUAUGUAGGUAAACUCAUGGAGGGGAAAAAAGACAAAGUUAUUUGCUGUAAUUUCAA